UACUGCCUCCUCCUCCUCCUUUUAUAUAUUUGCUACCACCGAACAGCUGAAGCUUUACUCGCUUGUCCGAAGAGUUUUCUCACAGAGGUCUGCUCCGACUGAACGCAGGGGUCGCCAUGAAGCUGCUGGUCCUCCUCUUCCUCCUCUUCCUCCUCAGUCUGUUGAGCUCCGUAGACUGCAGGUGUUUCUGUCAGGUGACCGGUGACCUGGACGACUGCGCCUGUGACGUGGAGACCAUCGACGGCUUCAACAACGAUCAGCUUUUCCCCAAACUUCAAUCUCUCCUUGAGUCAGACUACUUCAGGUUCUAUAAGGUGAACCUGAAUAAGCCGUGUCCAUUCUGGACGGCCGACAGUCACUGUGGCCUGAGGGACUGCGCUGUGAAGCCGUGCUCUCUUAAUGAGGUGCCUGAAGGGAUCCGAUCCUCGUCCCAGAACAAGUAUUCAGAGGAAGCAAACAGGCAGUCUGAUGAGUGUGAGCAGGCGGAGCAUCUCGGAGCUGUAGACGUGUCUUUAAGCGUCGAGACCCAAGAGGCUCUGCUUGAAUGGAACAAACACGAUGAUGAGACAGAGCGUUUCUGCGUGGUUGAUGACGAGCAGUCACCUGACUCCCAGUACGUUGACCUGCUGCUGAACCCUGAGCGCUUCACGGGAUACAAAGGACCAGAGGCCUGGCAGAUCUGGAACAGCAUCUACGAGGAGAACUGCUUCAAGCCGUACACUGUCAGACGACCUCUUGUCCCUGAGUCGUUCCAGAGCAGCUCAGGAAGUGAAACGAGGACCUUCUACAGCUGGCUGGAAGGUCAGUGUGUGGAAAAGAGGGCUUUCUACCGGCUCAUCUCCGGCCUCCAUUCCAGCAUCAAUAUACACCUGAGCGCCAGAUACCUGCUGGAUGACACCUGGUUCCAAAAGAAGUGGGGUCACAACGUGUCUGAGUUCAGGCAGAGAUUCGACUCUGAGCUGACGGCCGGUGAGGGACCCAAGAGGCUCCGCAACCUCUAUUUCCUGUACCUGAUAGAGCUGCGAGCGCUGGCCAAAGCUCUGCCGGUCUUCCAGCAGCCGUCUUUACGACUGUACACGGGCAGACCUGAGGAGGACCACAAACACAAAGAGCUGCUGCUGGAAAUCCUGCAGCUGGCCAGAUCUUUUCCUUUGCACUUUGAUGAGAGGUCUCUGUUUGCUGGGGAUGAAAAGGAAGCAGCAAAACUGAAGGAGGACAUCAGACUGGCCUUCCUCAACAUCUCCAGGAUCAUGGACUGUGUUGGCUGCUUCAAAUGUCGCCUGUGGGGGAAACUACAGACUCAAGGAUUAGGCACAGCGCUGAAGAUUUUGUUUUCAGAGCGACAGAUUGAAGCUCUGCCCAAAUCCAGCAACCAGCGACCCAGUUUCCAACUGAGCCGGCAGGAGAUCGUCUCCCUGCUCAACGCCUUCGGAAGGAUUUCCACCAGUAUCAGAGAACUGAAGAACUUCAGAUCACUGCUAGCGGAGGAGCGAUGAGGACAUCAAGAGCCUUUCAACCAUUUUCUGAUGAGAUAUAAAUUCAAAUCUGCACAUUUUUGGCAGUGAUGCAAAGGUAUCCGUCCAUUUAGCUGACUUAGACUUGCUGACUUCAAGUGUCUUUAUGGAAGCUCUAAUUUUAACAGACAGAAAAUGGUCAUCAGCUCCAGAAACAUUCAUUCAGACUUAAUUUUUUUUUAUAUGAAAACGUGCUUUAAUCAAUGAAAUCAGGUCAGAUGUUGUUCUUCAGUCAUGUGUUUUUGUGUUUAUGCUUUUGUCCUGAAGAUGGCGAUGUUUAUAAAGAAAACUUUUCUUUUGUCCUAAGAAAAACUUGAAUGUAAAGACACUGUUAAGAUGGAAAUGAACAUGUUUUUCCUACCUACUGUUGAUGUUCUGGUUUACUAUGCCUUUAGGUACACUUUGACGUUUCUUCUUCCACCCUCCAUAGCUUCUUUAUGUAAGAAUUCAUUUAAACCUACAAUAAUAAUGAAACCUGUUUGUGUACUGGAGGUGAAUUUUAGAAACCUGUUGGUACUAACCACAAAUCGUUCAUUUACAUUACAGAAAGUUGAAUCUGGCUUACUGGUGGUUUAGUUUGGACUAUGAUGAAGAAAUUAAAUGCAUUAAAGGACUGAAAAAAGUAACAAAUUGUUUGUAAAAUGAAUUUAUUUUUAUUUAUAUGUGUACUAAGUUUGGUUUGGAAAUAAAGGCUGAUUAUGUCAUUUUAUUUUUUUUACUACUGAUCUUUUGUUCACGUGUUGUAAACAAUUAUUUGUUUUAUUGUUUUUUAUGCAAAGGUUUUUGUGAAAUGAAUGAACUUUCCCUUAAAUAUAAAAUUUUAAUAAAGAGAUAUUUGAAAGAAA